AGCAGGUGACUUCCUGGUAACUCUACCCUCCCGACUGAUCUCGUCUCCCCUUCCUCCCCCACUCUAGGUGCAGGCACCUGGGGAGGGCAUAGCUUUGAAGUCUCACCUGGGGCCUGUCUACUCCUCCUGAGCGAGGCUCGGAGCUGUCUCCCCUGCCACGUGAAUGCCUGCGCUCACCCGGACCUGGGACCCCGAGAUGCAAGUGUUCCCCAGUCCAGCAGCCGCGGGGCCGAGGUGACGCUCUUGGCGCUUUCUAUUGGGCAAGAUGGACAACAGCACUGGGCUACCUGUGGAAGAGAACUCUACCAUCCCAAGUACUAUGCUAACCUCCCAAAUGGCUGAGGGGUUGCUCCAUACUAGCAUCCUCCCAUUUGCUGACCCAGGCUUUCCCACCAGUGGAGAUGGCCCUCAUCUUAGCAGGGCUUGGAACAGCUCCCAGGGCUCCAAGCAGCUGUUCCUCACCACCGCCCUUGCCCAGGGCAUCUCAGGAUUGUUUGUGUGGUCAGCCCUGAUACUGACCUGCCACCAGAUCUACCUGCACCUGAGAUUCUACACUGUGCCCAAUGAACAGCGCUACAUCAUCCGCCUCCUUUUCAUCGUCCCCAUCUAUGCCUUUGACUCCUGGCUCAGCCUCCUUCUCCUUGGAAGCCAUCAAUACUAUGUCUAUUUCAACUCAGUGCGGGACUGCUAUGAAGCAUUUGUCAUAUACAGUUUCCUGAGCCUCUGCUUUGAGUACCUAGGAGGCGAGAGUGCCAUCAUGGCUGAGAUCCGUGGGAAGCCUAUCAAGUCCAACUGUUUCUAUGGCACCUGCUGUCUGCAGGGGAUGUUCUAUUCCAUUGGUUUUCUUCGGUUCUGUAAACAGGCCACGCUCCAGUUUUGUAUUGUGAAACCCAUCAUGGCUCUGAUCACCAUUAUCCUGCAGGGGGUUGGCAAAUACAAUGAUGGAGAUUUUAAUCCCCGCAGUGGCUAUCUCUACGUGACCAUCGUCUAUAACUUCUCGGUGAGCCUGGCCCUCUAUGCCCUCUUCCUCUUCUACUUUGCCACCAGUGACCUUCUCCGGCCCUUUGAGCCUGUCCUCAAGUUUCUCACCAUCAAAGCUGUCAUCUUUCUCUCCUUCUGGCAAGGGAUGCUGUUGGCCAUCCUGGAAAAGUGUGGGGUGAUCCCAGAGGUGCAGAUCAUUGACGGGAAUGAGGUAGGGGCUGGGACAGUGGCUGCUGGCUACCAGAACUUCAUCAUCUGCAUUGAGAUGCUCUUUGCCUCUAUUGCCUUACGCUAUGCCUUCACAUGCCAGGUGUACUCAGAGAAGAAGGAAAACUCACCAGUGACGGUGGCUCCCAUGCAGAGUAUUUCCAGUGGGCUCAAGGAGACCAUAAGCCCUCAAGACAUCGUCCAGGAUGCCAUCCACAACUUCUCACCUACUUACCAGCAGUACACUCAGCAAUCUAUGCAGGAGGUCAAAAUACAGGGGCAGAAUGGGAACACAACCUCUCCUUCCCAUCCUCCUGGGGGCAAGAAGAGCAAAAACAUAGAAAAGAGGAUGUUAAUCGUUUCAGAUGAGCUGUAGGGGAGCUUCUGAGGGAGCAAGGACUUCAUACCCUGGGAGUUAACUUUUGCUUGAGGAGCUGUUGUUGGACAGGAGUCAACAUAACCCACCAAGACAUGUGGAAUGUGGGGGGAGGGGGUAGUGCAUUCUCCCACCACCAUCCCUCUUACCAAUCCACCUAAGUUCUAAGAACCAGUCCUGACUAUGGGAGAGGAAGAACAUGAAACUACUCAGGAGAGGUCUUUUUCCAAGACUAGUUCUGUCCUGUUGUGACCAUGGGUCUAGAGUCCUGCUGUGUUUUCGUAUCUGAUAGCCUGCCCCCACCCUCCACCCCCAAUCCUCAGAUUCUUUCAGUGACUGAUAAUGUACUUUCUUGCUGGGCUAUUUGACUGGGGUCAAUGCCUUCAUCAGAGCUCACCAAGAGAGAACCCUCCUUUCCACAGUCAAUCAACAAUCAUUAGGCAUCAAGUGUGGCCCAGGAACUGUGCUAAAUGUUGGGCAUACAAAGACCAAAAAAAAAAAAAAAAUACAUUCAUUCUCCUUCUUAAAGGGAUUUCUGAUUUUGAAUAGGUAGUCUGAGGACUGGGGACACUUCUAAGCUGAGCUGACUUCUAAAGACUCCACCUUUGAUCCAGAGAUCACUUUCUUGGGAGUGUUACAGGUGGCAGCAGAAGAAGAGAAUCCAUGGAGUAUCCUAAGUUUAGGGUAAUGCUAGGACCUGCCCAGCUUCCCCCAUGCAAGAAAGUGUUGUUCCUCAGUUACCCAGAACCCAGUGGACAUUUGACUAGAUGACACUUUUCAAAGUUCUCCCCUUCCCCCAGCUACAGCCAAGAACUAGAAUGUCCUCAGGGGCUGCAUCAGCCAAGCAAAGAGCUUUGGACUAGAAUUUGUCAGAGGUGCCACCAAAGACCCUUCCCCAACCCUUGACACUGCUUGCUAACCGUCCCUGUCCUGAAGCAGAUUGAACCAGGGGCCCAGACCUCACAAGCAUGAGACAAGAGUGGGAAGGCUGUCCCAACUAGUCUGUAGAGGUUUGUAUGGGUGAAAGGGACUUCUUCCUGGAGAGCUAUUGCUUUCCACAGAGUGAACCUAGGUCUGGCUGAAAGCAGAGCUGUUACUGAGUUAGGAACCCAUUUCUCCCCCUUUGGGGCUGUAUAAACAAACAUCAGUGCAGGCUGCAUGGAGGAAGGGGGAGAAAACUUGUUUGCUUUCAGUCAACUCAACACCACAAGUAUUUUACUAAGUGCCUACUAUGUGCAAAGUACUAGGGAUACAGGGACAGAAUUGAAAAACAGUGCCUGCCCUCAGGGAACUUAUAUUCUUCUAGGGGAUAAAAACAAACAGAUAAGUAAAUACCCGGAAUUUGAGAAGGCAGGUUAGGGGAGAGUAAGCAGGUAACAACUAGGGGGAUGUGGUAGCACAUGAGCUGAGCCUUGAAAGAAUCUAAGGUUUCUAAAGAAGUGGUGAGGGGAGGUGUCCCAGGUAUGGGGGGAGAGGGGCAACCUAUGCAAAGAUGUAGAGGAGGCAAAUGGGAGAUGGAGUGCACGGUGAAAUGCAGGCAACUGCAAAUAGAUACUGAGACUUGAGUAGAUUAUUUUUUUCCUGCUGGAGACACAGUGAGGUAAAGGAUUGUCCCCUGGACAGAUGUAUAUAAUCAAGGUACAUUCUGGGAGGAUUAAAGACAAACAAACAAAACAUGAACCAUGGCCUUUCUUUUCCUUUCCCCAAAGACUGACAGAAUUCUCUCCAGUGUUAGUACUUGGAUGGAAGGGGAUUGGCAGGUGAUGGGAAAAGAGGGAAUGAACAGGCUUUGGAAAUUAUGUCCAAAAGACUGAUCAGCCUUUAAACAGCAUCGGACCAGUGAAGUCUCACUCUUCAGUGACCAGCUUGGGAAUCCCGAGGUACUCCCUUGUCUAGGAAGAAGGAUGGGGGGAAUGGGCUGUAAGCCACACGAUCUCCUUUGCCAGCUGUGCCAUGGGUCAGAGGAUUGUGAGAUAUGCCACAAUAUGUCACAAGUUUCCAAGUGAAUUGCUUUGAUUUAUGUAUAAAUGUUCUUUUGUUUUUGUUCCCCCCCCCCCCCAAGGGUCUAUGUGGCUUCUAUUUCUGUGUAAUCAAUCCCUUGGCUUAGCCAAACUUCAUGUGGGGUCAGGCUGAAACUCUGCUCUGGGAUGAAGGGUGUGGGGAGAAGCACAGGAGUUAUCUUCUGCUACCCCUGAGUUUCCCCCAGCUAUUAGGGGUGCACUCGAAGCCUGAUGUCAACACCACCUUCUGUUUAUGUGACACGAUUGUGUUUUUCAGAGGUGAUCUCAUUCGCUCUUAUGAGGUCAUUCAGGGGGCAGGGACUGUUAUCCCUUUUUAAUUGAGGGAAAAUUGAAUACUUACUAGAUAAUUGUGCCCAAAGUCACCCCAAGUGAGCUAAGUUAUGGCUAGAAGGGGAGGGGAAAUGAUAGUGGACAGAUGUGUCCCUGGAUUAA